AUGGUGGAUGUUACCCACCGUUGUAGCUCCAUUGUUUCGAAGGCUUCGGUCCAAAAGAAGGAAGACCCCGGAGCUUUCACUAUUCCUUGCACUAUUGUGGUUUACAAAUUAGCUAAGGCCUUGUGUGAUCUUUGUGCAAGCAUCAACUUGAUGCCUCUUGCUAUUUUUAAAAAGUCUGGCUUGGGCACUCCCCGAACCACUACAAUGAGCUUGUUGAUGGCAGAUCAAAUCGUGAAGAGGCCAGUGGAAAUUCUUAAUGAUGUGCUUGUAAAGCAACCAGCAGAUAUAAGUGUGGUGUCAGUGAUUGAUACUAUUGAUGAGGCCUUAGAAACUACCGUUGAGCAAGAUUAUGUUGGCAAGAGAGGAAAGCGGAAAAUGAAGCGUGGUGGUGGUGGAAUGACGAAGAAGAAGGAUUCUAGAGGUGGGGGUGGCGUGAGAGUGGAGGAAAUGAAGAAGAAGAAAAAGGGGGUUUUUGAUAUGGCAUUGACAUGGCGUUGA